AUGCGGCAGCCGCCGGAGCAGCCGCCCGCCGCGCGGCCGCAGGGCGUGUUUAUUGCGCCUCCGCCUGGACUGUCUCUACACGAUGUUCAGGCACAGCCCUCUGGACCACUGCCGUCCGAGCGGCUGCUCGCGCAGGCGCUCGUGCUCGGCAGCGGGAGGUCGGCGGCGGGCAGCUCCCCGCGCAGCGGCGGCUGGCGCUCGCCCGCCGCUGGCACGGACGGCGGCUGGCACCCGCCCGCCGCGGGCACGGACGGCGGCGACUCCCCCACGAGCCGGCCGGGGUCGCCCGACGGUGGCCUUGGCGCUUGCAGCGCCAGCCUGCGGAGGCGACGCGGCGGUGCCCGAGAGAAGCGCUACACCACGGACUUUGUCUUCGUGGGCUUCGACCGCGACAGCCACGCGGACUUCGAGCUGGUGCCGCGCCUGAUCGGCCGCGGGGGCUGCAACGUGCGCGCCAUCGCGGCGGCCUGCGAGGGGAAGGUGCGCGUCCGCGGCCGCGGCAGCGGCCACCGCGAGGAGGCGCGCGAGGGCGGCCCGCCUGCGGAGGCAGACGUACCGCUCCAGAUCGCCCUGAGCUGCCGGGACAGCUGCGCGUUCGAGGCGGGCAAGGAGCUGCUCCUCGAGCUCCUCGGGUCCACCUCGGUUGUUGACAUAACCGUCCACUUCGAACGCUACUGCCGUGGCCGCGGGAUCGUGGCACCGCAGCUGUACGAGAUGAGGUCUGCUGAAGCAUGAUGACCUGGGCAGCGCGGCCCGACCACGAGGGGAUGCACCACAAUUCGCGGAACAAGCCUGAGCGUAUUUUGCGCGCGUGUUGGGCACGUUGCGCCUUCUUUUUCGCAACACAGUACAACUGCAAGCUCUGCGUGCUGCAGGGUGAGCGGAGGAGCCAGUUGGGGCGCCUGUCUCGAAGGCCCCUUUGCCAGACCGCCCGCUUGCCUGAGGGACGCAUCGUUUUUUGUGGGUGUGCUUCGCUGAUGCCGAGCUCGUGUGCACGCGUCGAUGCGUUCCUGGCCAACGACCCCCGUUCUCAUGAUCGCACGCACCUGCGUGCGUCUCGCACGGCGCGGCCGUGGCUCUGCGAUUCUCAGUCCCAUCGCGGAGAAGUCUCAACCGCCCACUCGCGGCCCUCUGCGCUUCGA